AAGAAGAAGAUCAGCAUUUAUCAUUAAAAAUAAACAUAAGAAAAAAAUUGCCGAUAUACUUGUCUACCCUUCCCGCGUCGUGUGCGCCUCACUGUCCCUCUCCGCAAAAAUCUCCACAAAUUAUUUGUUUUUUCUUUCUAUUUGUAGCCCUUCCUCACAUUUUCACUCACUCUUUGCGAAGGCAUUUGGCUAAGGCUUUUGGUUGGUUGUGGCAUCGUUUUUUAUGUAAAGAGCACAUUUCUCACACCAAUGGCAACAGCAGUUUGUGUACCUUUGUCUCCCAACCCAGUGCCAGAGAUGGAACAUUCUGGGGAUGAGAGGAAGAAAAGAAUUGAAUCACUGAAAAAGAAGGCCAUUAGUGCCUCCAACAAAUUCAGGCAUUCAUUAACAAGAAAGGGUCGCAGAAGCAGCAAAGUCAUGUCCGUUGAAAUUGAGGAUGUGCACGAUGUAGAGGAGCUAAAGGUUGUCGAUGCUUUCCGUCAAGUGCUUAUAUUGGAGGAAUUGCUUCCUUCAAAGCAUGAUGAUUAUCAUAUGAUGCUCAGAUUCUUGAAGGCCAGGAAAUUCGAUAUCGAGAAAACAAAGCAAAUGUGGUCUGAUAUGCUUCAGUGGAGGAAGGAAUUUGGUGCUGACACAGUCUUGGAGGAGUUCGAAUUCCAGGAACUCAGUGAAGUCUUGGAACAUUAUCCCCAAGGGCAUCAUGGAGUAGAUAAAGAAGGAAGACCUGUUUACAUUGAGCAAUUAGGCAAAGCAGAUCCUGCCAAGUUACUGCAAGUCACAUCCAUGGACCGCUAUGUCAAAUACCAUGUACGAGAGUUUGAGAGAACUUUUGAUGCCAAGUUUCCAGCUUGUUCACUAGCAGCAAAGAGGCACAUUGAUCAAAGUACAACCAUCUUGGAUGUGCAAGGAGUGGGCCUCAAAAGCUUAACUAAAGCUGCAAGGGAUCUCAUCUCUCGCCUUCAGAAGAUUGAUGGUGACAAUUAUCCUGAGACCUUGAACCGCAUGUUCAUCAUCAAUGCGGGUUCUGGAUUCAGGAUGCUGUGGAAUACCAUUAAAUCUUUCCUUGACCCUAAAACCACAGCAAAGAUCCAUGUUCUUGGCAAUAAGUAUCAGAGCAAAUUGCUUGAGAUAAUUGAUGCCAGUGAGUUGCCAGAGUUUCUUGGAGGUACUUGCACCUGUGCUGACAAAGGAGGCUGUAUGCGUUCUGAUAAAGGCCCUUGGAAUGACCCAGAGAUUAUGAAGAUGGUUCAAGAUGGCGAUCACAAAUGUGCAAAGAAAUGCGGAACUCAUUAUCCUGAUGAAAAAACAAUCUGUGAGGAUGACCUAAGCAACUCAAAGCUGCAUGAGGCUCCUAAGGUGGAGUCAGCUCCACAGCUUCCACAGCCCUCCUUUGUUCCUGAGAAGGCUUACAAGCUAGAGGACUAUCAGCUUAUGGUUGAUAAAUCUGUGGAUAUGAGCUGGAAAAAAGUGGUAAACAAUGCAGAUUGCUAUACUCAGUAUGAUGCUUGCAAGGCUCCCCAGGCAAUCAACUCACCACUCUUCACUGGUGUCAUGGCUUUGGUUACGGGCAUUGUCACCAUGAUUAAAGUGACACGCAAUGUUCCCAGGAAGCUGACCGAUGCCACCAUCUACUCCAAUCCUGACUAUUGCGAUGACACAUCGGUGAAAGGCCGGGAACAACAGUCACCUGCCACCUCUAGUGCAGAUUACAUGACUGUCUUGAAGCGCAUGGCUGAAUUGGAAGAUAAAGUGAGUGUUUUGAGUUCUAAGCCUGUUUCCAUGCCACCCGAAAAGGAGGAAAUGUUGAAUGCUGCUAUAAGCCGUGUUGAGGCCUUGGAGCAAGAGCUUAUGGCAACCAAGAAGGCUCUCGAGGACUCACUUGCUCAACAAGCAGAGCUUGUCGCUUAUCUUGAGAAGAAGAAGAAGAAGAAGAAGAUGUUGUUCUGGUAAAGGAAGAGAAGCUGGAUGCUGAAAGGUGCUUAAAGAACUGCUGUUGUGAUUUUCUGUUUUGAAGUAUACUCCAUUGCGUGCUCUCUUGUUCAAAUUCGUGUAUAUAGCAAUUAAAGGUUUUGUGAAGAUCCAAUUUGCGUUUCUAACACACAUGUAUCUUCAAUAAAUCCUGGUGUCUUACAACUCUAUAUAAUAUAUAUCUUGUAAAAACAUCUGAACACCUAUUACUUGUCUACCGAGAGUGAUCAAAGGGAGAAUAAUAUCUCUCAGUUUAUACUGUACAA